AUGUCCAUGCUGCACAGCCAAACCGAUUGGACCAAGAUAAAGAGUGAGUCCUUGGACUCCAAGUAUGAGAAAUGUAGAAAUAUCACAGAGGAAAUAUACAAACGGAUAAAUAUUACAUUUCAAGUAAAAAAAUUGGAGAAUCCUGUGCAGAGUGAACUGUCAGAAGAAAGUGAUCUGGACAGCAAUGAUUUGAGCAAUGAAACUGACCUAUUUGCCUGCGAUAAGACAUCCAUAUCUAGUAGUACCGAAUUAGAGAGUUUGGUGCAUGGAACUGUUGCUUGCGAGAAAUAUAUAAACAUUAACAACAAUGAAGAGCGAGUUAAGGCAAAACAGUAUAAAAGGCCCAAGAAAAGGUUCAGGAAGCGCAUCAAGAAACAACAGAAGCAAUCAAAACAAUCUGAUGGUUCAAGUGAUGAGGCUGUACCGCUCAGUCGAGUCACUGAUAUGGAUGUAAGACGGAGCUCAUCACCAAACAAACCUGACUGUGUUAUGGGUGUGCCAAAUAUUGUUAUCAUUACCAGUGAUCUCAAAUACAAAAUCAAAUCGCCACCGCCGUCACUCAAAGAGAAGAAAUCCCAGAGAUCAGAACCAAAACCAGAGACAACAGAUUCGCAAAGCGUAGACAACUCGGACACGUCUGAAUUGUCUUUAACAGAUAAGAAUGGUCCAAGGGCCUGUCACAUGUGCAAUUUGAUGUGCAAAGGGGAGCGAGGAUUAAGGCGACACAUUAAAAUGAGCCACAUUGAGGACUUAAAGGACACAACAAAGCAACGAACGCCACAAUAA